AUGAAUCGAUUACUUGAGGAUCUGUGGUUCGGAAACCCAAUGCGACGCUUUGUACCACCACCGCCACCACCAAUCUUUUUUCACGGCCGUCACACACCUUUCCAUCCAUUUUUUGAUUAUAUUCAUCCAGUAUUCGAUCGAUUAUCACCGGCAUUUUCCGAUGAUAAUCCUCAUGAUUAUUAUAACUUACAUGUUCGUCGACCACCGUCAUGUAUGCCGGAUCCAUUUCUGAGAUCGGCGAAGACACUGAAACCAUUCAAUCGCGAAUAUGUUACCUCGACUUGUUUAGGUAAAGGUGGUUUCGGACAAGUCUAUGAUGGCCGACGACGACUAGACAAUGUACCAGUUGUCAUGAAAUUUCUUCCCAAAGAUCGUAUACUCAAUUGGGGAGUGUUCGAAGAUAAACGCGUCCCAUAUGAGAUCGAACUUCUCUGGCGCCUUCGUGGUUUAUCUGGUGUUAUUCGCAUCUUCGAACAUUUCGAAGAACCCGAACGCUUUAUAUUCAUCAUGGAAAAGAUUCCCAACUCAUGCACACUGUUUCACUUUGUGAUGGAGAGUACGCCCUUAGCUAAUACAGAAUUGUUACGACAUAUCUUUCGUGAAAUGAUUCGAAUUAACAUCGCACUACGUACCUAUGGCAUCUGGCAUCGAGAUUGUAAACUUGAAAAUAUUCUCUAUUGUAAAAAUGAUCGUUCACUAUGCUUUAUCGACUUUGGUUCAGCAGCUCCAGCGCAAACAGAAGACUUCUAUGAAUUCCAGGGAACAUUAGAAACGAUGGUACCAGAAUGGAUUACGCAGAAACGAUACGACGGUGAACGUUCGUGCGUGUGGGCAUUGGGAAUUUGUCUGUAUUUCUUGUUAUUUCAACAAUAUCCAUUUCGGUCGAAAGUUGCAAUUAUCAAUGGUCGAUCUCAACUUCCAUUUCUAAGUUCGAGUGAUAAAGAUGCAUAUCAUACGAUGAAACAAUGUUUACAUCCGAAUGAACAUCGCCGUCCGAAACUGGAUACACUACAAAGUUUACCUUGGCUUGAUUAA